AACGGAUUUGCUGCUAUGUUGUCAUCAGAUGAAGUGGAAGAAAUGGAAAUGAAACCAGGAUUUGUGUCUGCGCGUCCCCAAAGGAUUCUGGAGUUGGAUACCACACACACUCCAAGUUUCCUAGGGUUACACCAGAAUGUUGGCUUGUGGAAUGCUUCAAAUUCUGGUAAAGGUGUGAUUAUUGGUUUGCUAGAUUCUGGAAUAACUCCAAAACAUCCUUCAUUCAACGACAAUGGAAUGCCUCCUCCCCCUGCCAAAUGGAAAGGAAAAUGUGAGUUCAAUUUCACAGCUUGUAACAACAAGCUUAUUGGAGCACGGAACUUUGUGAAGACGGCUACAUCACCUUUGGAUGGAAAGGGACACGGGACACAUACUUCAAGCACAGCCGCUGGAAACUUUGUGGAUGGUGCCAAUUUACUUGGUAAUGCUAAUGGCACUGCUGUUGGCAUUGCACCCCGUGCUCAUUUGGCCAUGUACAGAGUCUGUGAUGAUGGUCUUUGUCAGGAAGCCUAUAUCUUAGCUGGUCUUGAUGCUGCCAUUGAAGACGGUGUGGAUGUUAUUUCCAUUUCCCUUGGAGGACCGCCAAUGCCUUUUUAUGAUGAUUGUCUAGCAAUUGGCGCAUAUAGUGCGAUUCAGAAGGGGAUUUUUGUAAGUUGCUCGGCAGGAAAUAAAGGACCGACUGUUGGUACUGUAAAGAAUGGAGCUCCGUGGAUUCUCACUGUUGCUGCUAGUACAACAGAUAGAAAGAUAAGAGCGGUAGCAGUUUUAGGCAAUGGAGCAAAAUAUGUGGGCGAAUCUGCCUUUCAACCAACAAAUUUUUCAGGUAAAUUGUUGCCACUCGUAAAUGCUAACAAUUGUGAAUCGUUGCCUACAAUUGAUGUUAAGGGUAAAAUAGUGUUGUGUGAUACCAGUGGUGACUUGUCAAGAAUAGAAAAAGGAGAAGAAGUGAAAAAUGCUGGUGCCGCAGCCAUGAUACUCAUGAACGAAAAAAAUGGUGGCUAUACAACAUUUGCAGAUGUUCAUGUCCAUCCCACAACUCAUGUCAGUUACUUUAACGGACUAAAGAUCAUAAACUAUAUAAAAUCAACAUCAGCCCCUGUUGCAACAAUAUCAUUCAAAGGAACAAGAAUCGGAAACAAACACGCGCCAACAGUUGCUUCCUUCUCUUCUAGGGGACCAUCUUUGGCAAGUCCAGGCAUAUUAAAGCCCGACAUUAGUGGACCCGGAGUCAAUAUCCUUGCGGCGUGGCCAACCUCUGUAGAGGAGAUGAUAACAUCUGCUACAUCGACGUUUACCAUCAUUUCUGGCACGUCGAUGGCUUGCCCUCACCUUGCGGGAGUAGCAGCAUUGUUAAAGAACACACAUCCAGAUUGGUCUCCAGCUGCAAUUAAAUCUGCAAUCAUGACCACUGCUGAUAUCGUCAAUCUUGAAAAGGAUCCAAUUGAGGACGAAAGACUUAAACCUGCUAAUCUAUUUACAAUCGGAUCAGGGAACGUGAACCCAUCAAGAGCAAGUGAUCCAGGACUCAUUUAUGACAUUCACCCCGAGGAUUAUGUGCCGUACUUAUGUGGCUUGAAAUACACAGAUAUACAAGUUAGUGCAAUUGUGAGAAGGAAGGUACAUUGUACAUCAAGCAUAGCUGAGACGGAGUUGAACUACCCUUCGUUUUCCAUUCAUUCGAAAUCAGGGGCUCAAACAUAUACAAGGACUGUAACUAAUGUUGGAGAAGCUAAUUCAACUUACACAGUUAAAGUGUCUGGACUCGACGGUGUUGAGGUAACUGUUAGUCCAAUCACCUUGAAGUUUUCAGCGUUGAAUCAGAAGGCGUCAUAUAAUGUAACUGUUAAGCCAUCAAAGCUUCCAUUACAUUCCCAAGGGUACAUAACAUGGUCUUCUUGUAGGUACUCUGUUAGAAGUCCAAUACAAAUAUCCCCGUAUAGCAUUUAA